AUGCGAAGCCAGCAAACAGACGGCACUGCUGUUGAUGUUGACGUUGAGCAGAACGCGCAAUACGAUACUGAAGUCCUGAGAGAUGAGGAAAGCCAAAGUCGACCUCGCAAGAAGCAGAUUUUUGGUUUUGAAACAUUCGCUUUGAAGGCUUUAGCACAUGGAAUAACUUCUAUGAAAACGGAUCUCCGCAUUCAGGCAGUCGAGUUGCUAUUCCAAUUGCCUGCCGGUCACGCAUCAGAAUGGCCAGGGAUACUGGCCUUUUGCUCCCACCUGGAAAGGUGCUUCGGGGAGCUGCUAGAUGCUCGAUUCGGAAUUAUCUGGAAAAUAUUGGGUCGGGAUACUCCAUCAUCCACAGUUGAUUGCUGGGAGUGGUGUUUCGUUGUGCUCAAAGUCUUUCAGGGCUUGGAAUAUGAGGAUGUAACCAUGAUAGAUGCCUAUCAACGGCUCCUAGAGAACCUGAAGAUAUCAAGGCUUGACGUCAAGUCACACGACAAGCAGCAAAUCAUUCGGGGAAUGUUCGCAGUGAUUUGUUGGACGUCGGCGACGCUAAAACCAAUUUUGACCACCGAAACACUAUGUACCACAACAAAUGCGGACGAUUUCAUAUUGGAACAGAACAUUCCACUGGAAGCUGAGAAUUCUUCCCAGAUAUACAGCUACAGUAAUUUACGACGAUCCAUCAGCAAAAUUUUCCUUCACUUUCACCCCCGUGAUGCCGGCGUGAAGGAGGUGGAAGGCCCUCUUGGUAAUCUUCGUAACCAGAGCGGCGGAGGCAUGAGCAACGAUGUGCUGUAUGAGUCAAGCCUAAACUACUUCUCGUUGUCCACAAUUGGCCGGGUUAGAAUUACAUGGGUCGAUACACUAACUUCGCAUCUUGCUUUCGACCGCUCGACUCGAACUCUUUCCAUCUUCCGUUUUCCCUCCUUUUGUGCCACCAAUGUGCUGGGCAAACCCAACAUAAAAAUUCUCCAAAACAUCACCUGCCAGCUACUCCAGUCGCCCCAUUACAUGGACUCUCCAGACGAAGCGGCGCUACACCGUGAGGUUCUGCUCUCAUACCGUCUGUUAUUUGGACAAUCUUCGAGCUCCCGCAAACUUCUCGGUCGACUGCUCAGUCAGUCGUUAACAAAAGUAUCAAGAACUUCAAACCACCACACUCCCACUGGUGGCCUCGUCGCCGACGACAUUGAUCCUUUCCUCUCCACCAUCUGUACCUCGCCACUUAUAAAGCACUGGUAUAGUCUUAGCUUUUUCCGCCGUGAAAAACAUUCAAGUCUUCUCCCGAGUAGUAUUUUCCCAUUCUCAACCCUUGACAUCGACAACCAGCUCCAAGAAUCCGACAUAUACUCGGUCCGAGAUGACUUCCCUAUUUUUGGGGCUCGGCUAUUGAUAUUGCAACAAUACAACAUGAGACAACAGCCGAGUAGGGUAAGAGACCUUUGGCGAGACCGGCGAAACCCACUGCAGUGGUAUACUUUCUGGGCCGUACUGUGGAUCGGCGGCGUGACUAUCGUACUAGCAGUGCUACAGAUCCUGGUGGGUGUUUUACAAAUUGUUCUUGCUGGCCGAUCGUAG